UGAUACUGAUAGUAUCAUUUCCCGCGUAUUUGAUUUCACAAGUAUUUAAAAUAUCUACAUAACGUUACAAGUGCACAUUAAACUAAUUAUACGUAUAUACAGUAUAAACUUAGUUUUAUCAAUAGUAACUUUAUUUCCAAAAGCUAAAGGCAGGUUGAUUUUAUAAAAACUGUUGUGUCCCAAGUGUUUUGCUCUUUGCUUUUUAAAUUCAACUGUUAAACUAAAUCAGUAAAUGUUUUUAAAACUAUGUUCGUUCGGUGCAUAAGCAGAACGCAAGUUCAUCACUUGUACUUAUUUGACAGAUUUUGGAAGAACUUUACUCAUGAAAGUCAAAAAGUGGUAAACUACAAAAUCAUUACGAAGAACAAAAAAAUCCUCCAUUUCAGACAAAUUCGCAAUAACAUUAACAUUACGACCUCCAGAUCUCUUCAUCAAGAUGUUGAUCCAAAGAAGAAGAAAUACAGUGUGAGAAACUUUACAGUUGAUAUGUCAAAAUUCCAACAAAAAUAUAUCAGAAACUUUGGUAUCAUAGCGCAUAUUGAUCAUGGGAAAAGUACAUUAUCAGACAGGCUGUUGGAAUAUACAGGAACCAUAUCGAAGAAUGAGCAGAACAAACAAGUGCUUGACAAGUUACCAGUCGAGAGAGAAAGAGGCAUCACUGUUAAGGCUCAAAGUGCCUCUAUUUUUUAUGAAUAUGAGGGAAAUGCUUACCUUCUCAAUCUGAUUGAUACACCCGUAAGUGAAAUUAUCAUUUUUAAAAAAGUUUGGUAAAUGCUAUAAAGUACUUUAAUCUUUUGCACUCCUA